CUACAACAAUAACAACAUAAUAUAAUACUAUACUAGUUAUAGAAACAAAAAUAUAGAGAAACCGACAUAACAUCGCGAUCCAUCUGCGCAUGGAUGGACACAAAAACCAAACCGAAGUUGGGAAGCCCGUCUUCUCUAUUUAAUUAGCUCUCAUUUUGCUCCUUUUCAAUUUCAUCAUCCUUCCUCUCCCCACACACAUAACUAUUAUUAUUAUUCAAGAUUUGAGAGAAGUGAAGAGUCGUAUACAAUCAAGAACACAUAGAGAGAGAUUGAGAUUCACACAUUUCUCAGAAGAACCAGUGAAAAUAAAAGUAUAAGUAUAUCGAUUAUUUAUGUGUGGCUGUAGAGUGAGAAAAGCAAAGACUACUAACAGUUGAGAGAAGUUAAGGUGUGGUUGUAUGGGCUGCUCUGUCUCGAAGAAGAAGAAGAAUGCAAUACGCCCGCCUGGAUAUGAGGAUCCUGACCUUCUUGCCUCCGUCACGCCAUUUACGGUAGCAGAAGUGGAAGCUUUGUAUGAACUAUUCAAGAAGCUAAGCAGCUCAAUUAUUGAUGACGGACUUAUUCAUAAGGAAGAGUUUCAGCUGGCUUUGUUCAGAAAUAGGAACCGGAGGAAUCUCUUCGCUGAUCGGAUAUUUGAUGUAUUUGAUGUGAAGCGAAAUGGAGUGAUCGAGUUCGGGGAAUUUGUCCGGUCUUUAGGUGUUUUUCAUCCAAGCGCACCGGUCCACGACAAAAUCAAAUUUGCUUUUAAAUUAUACGAUUUACGACAAACUGGAUUCAUUGAGCGAGAAGAAUUGAAAGAGAUGGUUAUUGCGCUACUUCAUGAAUCUGAGCUAGUUGUUUCCGAAGAUAUGAUCGAAGUAAUGGUGGAUAAGGCUUUUGUUCAAGCAGACAGUAAAAACGACGGAAGAAUUGAUAUAGAUGAAUGGACAGAUUUUGUAUCCUUGAAUCCAUCGCUCAUCAAGAACAUGACUUUGCCAUAUCUAAAGGACAUAAAGGGAACUUUUCCAAGUUUUGUUUCAUCCUGUGAAGACGAAGAAUUGGAGUUGCAAAAGCUAUAUUUCUAAAAUAAUCCAUGCAAGGAAGAUAAAAAGGCCAUCCUUGUCUCCUUCGUCACUGUUUUUUCAUUUUACAUUUCACAUUUUUGUACAAAAUCUUAGAAAAGAUGAUAUAUAUAUCUAUAUAUAUAUAUAUAUAAGUUAGAAUUUGAAAAUGGCUGUUUAGGCCGGUCUUGGUAAGGAUCUUGGACUUGCCUUGUGUAUA